GCAGACGCCAGCCAAUCAGCUUCAUUCGACCUUAUCAUCGUAACACUCGCCGGCGCGCGUCUCCUCCCAGUGCAAGAUGUCGACACCGGCGUUGCUCCCCAUGUGUCUCCGGUACCUGAGCCGCCCCGGGGCUCUGAGCACCGGGCUGAGCAACGGGCUAAGGAGUGGGCUGAGGGCCGGGUCGGUCGGGGUCCGGGCGCAGUGCACGAAAGAGAGCGGAGGAACCGUCGGGCUGGCGCAAGGCGUCCUCCAACAGAUCGCUCAGCAGGAAGAAAAGCAGCAGAAGGAGAAGGAGGAGCAGCAGAAGAAGGAGGAGAAACAGAAGGAGAACACAGCCUACGCUAAGAAGAUGCUGGUCCGCCUGGCCGGCCUGAUGGGGAUGGGCGGAGCAGUGGGCAUGGUCUACGUCUUCGGUAGCAAUUCCGAGGAUGAGCAAGGAAAUAAGAUUAGAGACGAGUUUGAUAAUGAUGCUCCGGUCGUCCAACAGUUGCGGAGAACCUUCAAGUACUUCAAAGACUACCGCCAGAUGAUCAUGGAGCCCACCAGCCCGCGGCUGCUCCCGGAGCCCCUGAAGGAGCCGUACUACCAGCCCCCCUACACCCUGGUGCUGGAGCUCACCGACGUACUGCUGCACCCCGAGUGGUCGCUGGCUACAGGCUGGAGGUUUAAGAAGCGUCCAGGUAUAGACUACCUGUUCCAGCAGCUGACUCCGCUGUACGAGAUCGUCAUCUUCACGGCAGAGACUGGCAUGACUGCCUAUCCCCUGAUUGACAGCAUCGACCCCCAGGGCUUCGUCAUGUACCGACUCUUCAGAGACGCGACGCGCUACAUGGAUGGACACCACGUCAAGGACGUGUCGUGUCUGAACCGGGACACCAGUAAGGUGAUCCUGGUGGACUGUAAGCGGGAGUCGUUCAGCCUGCAGCCCUUCAACGGCCUGGCGCUGCAGAAGUGGGACGGCAACUCGGAGGACCGGACGCUGUACGACCUCGCCAACUUCCUCAAGACCGUGGCCCUCAGCGGGGUGGAGGACGUGCGCUCGGUGCUGGAGAACUACGCCCUAGAGGACGACCCCAUCGCCGCCUUCAAGAGACGCCAGGCCCAGCUGGCCCAGGAGGAGGAGCAGCGCCUGGCGGAGGUGGCGCAGCAGACCAAGCAAGGCUUCUCUCUGGGCUCCAUGGCCUCGCGACUCUGGCGCUCCAAGCAGCAGUGAGCCCCGCCCACAUCCUCAUCCACCAAUAGCAGCCCGGCCCUCACCUCCACCGGCCAAUAGGGGACGGGUGGCGAGGGGGAUGAGCGCCACCGUCCACGCCGGGGUGGGCCGUGCUGCCGGGACAUUGGUUCACCUCGGCACCGAUGGGCGGGGCUCUUCUGGUUCCUGGCUGCUCAUUGGUCAGUUUUUAGUUUGACUCCAGGAGCCGGGGUUCAGAGCUGCGUUGGUCUCCGGGAGCGAGACUCGACCAGAGCCCGUCGCCGCUCCCACUCUGGUCCGGCUCCCCGGCCCUCAGACUCUGACCCUGCACCUUGGGGGCCCCCCCUGGGGCCCUCCCCCCUGGAGUCCCCCCCUCCCCCCUGGUGUCCCCCCAUCCCCCCCCUGGGGUCCCCCCCUCUCCCCCUGGGGCCCUCCCCCCUGGAGUCCCCCCCUCCCCCCCCCUGGGGUCUCCCCCCCCCCCCCCCGGGGUCUCCCCCCCCCCCCCCCCCCCUCUAUGUGUGAUAUGUACAUCAUGGUUUCUAUAGUAUAUUGAAUGUUGCUUAUUGUUGGGGACCUCUUGGGACGCCCCGCCCCCAUUGGGACGCUCUCCUCCCAUUGGCCGUCGUUCUGAUGGAUGUGUGAGCGGAGGACCGAGGAGCAGACAGACUGUACGAGUCGAUCCCCGACGGGGUCGCCGGCUCCCUGCUGCCAUGUCUUCCCUCCCUUCCCGAGCGGCGGCGGCGUCUUCUUCAUGACCACACACACACACCAGGAUGUGACCUCAUCCAAACUACAGGAUGUGACCUCAUCCACAAAAACCAGGAUGUGACCUCAUCCGAACAUCUUGUCAAUAAAAACACCAUAAAAAUAAUUCUUGUGCCGAGUCGUCUCCUGGGAGUCCUCUGAGCACAAUGUAGCAUUGUGUUAGCUACGCAACUGAGCAGAUUACUUGAGUUAGCUAGUCGCGCGACAUGGUGGUGAGCUAGCUACAGGUGGUGUAGCUAGUCGCGCGACAUGGUGGUGAGCUAGCUACAGGUGGUGUAGCUAGUCGCGUGACAUGGUGGUGAGCUAGCUACAGGUGGUGUAGCUAGUCGCGAGACAUGGUGGUGAGCUAGCUACAGGUGGUGUAGCUAGUCGCGCGACAUGGUGGUGAGCUAGCUACAGGUGGUGUAGCUAGUCUACUGCCGUGGCGGUGAGCCAGCUGCAGGACAACUCGUUGAGCCCACUAGCUUAAUGAAAUGCAGGCAGAUAUCAAGUGCUUGUAACCAGUGUGUGACCUCCUCCCACCCAUAGAACCGCUAUGGCUGCCCCAUUGCAUUGUGGGCCAGGAGGAUGUGGCUAAUGAUACAACCACACAACUCUGAGCUAUUGUUGGCAGGAGGGGAACUCCGUCUCCUAAAUAAAGAAACCGAACUACCAGCCGUCA